AUGAAGUACCAUAUUUUCUUGGGAUUCCUGGCCGUAGUUGUCGCUUACCCCGGCAUCAUUCAUGACGAACAUCAGUCGGAGGCGAAUUACGAUUAUGCACCUAUUGGCGAGUCUGGUCACCAUCAUCAAAUAGAGCAUGAACAUGCCAAAUCACAUCAGUCGAUCAAAUUCGAGCACUUCCACCCUGUCCCUGUGUAUGUCAAAAAAGAACACAGCCAUUUGCUAAAGCACCCUCUGGAAAAGGGAAAGUCUGAGUCCAACCUGAAGCUCAUCCACCCUGAGACUGAGCACAAGCAUGGUGGUGGUCUAGUCCUUGAAGACGAGAGGCACAACACCGAGCAUUUUGCGGGUGGUUUGGAACACGGUGGCUUCGAACAAGGAGGCUACGAGCACGGAGGCUACGAACACGGAGGUGAGCAUCAGCUUUCCGGUGGCUUCGAACAAGGAGGCUACGAGCACGGAGGUUACGAGCACGGAGGUGAGCAUCAGCUUUCCGGUGGCUUCGAGGGCUACGAGGGCGGUGAGGGAUUAAAGGGUUAUUCUGAAUUAUCUCAUCAGCCACAAGCCGAGGGACACUACGACGCUGAGGCUGGACAAUGGCUCGGUGACGGCGGAGAAGGCUAUAAAUAUGAAAGCUAUUAA